CAGACGUCCAUUCAAAUAAUAUUUUGCAUGCAUGUGUCUUCUGUGAAACCAUGAAAUGAGUGUGGCUCACUAAACGAUUGUAAAAUACACUUCCACUAAUAAUUAUUGUCCAUCAAUGUUGUUCACUAUCAAUCUAUUGUCAUGGCUGCAGGUUGUAUAGCGAAACCAACUCUCUAGGACACACUGUUAGCAUAAUUAUAGCCUCUCCAUCCAUUCCAUCAGGAGAGCAUCUAGGGCAUAGAGGCAUGAAUUCAAAAUCAUACUAUUGUGCUCAGAUUGCAUCAUUGUUACGUAGUUUCAUGCAGAUAAUUAGCAUGUAGUCUAGAUGCACACUUAUAUACUCAGCUGUUUGCAGGAGUGAAAUUAACAUGGAUUAUAAGAGCAGUAACUGCAAGUUUACAUGACAUUCGUGAUUGGUCUCAACCAUAAUUAUAGAUUCUCACUUUUAUCUAUGCUUUGAUCAAUGCUCUCAAUGUGCUGAAGAUGUUGAAUGGGUAUGGAUUGUCAAAGAUAGAUCUAGUCCAAUUAAUGCAGGCAGUGUUUGAAGACAACAGAGAUAAUUGUAGUGAGAUCUAUAUAGAUCAUGAGUGUGUCAAGUUGCAAGAUUAUCCCGUUGGUCCUAGCUUCAUGGAUACUGCUAGCCACAAAUCAACUGGAUACUGUGUAUGGAAACUCAGCAUUUCUGUCAAAUAUUACUGAUGAAAGAGAAGUGCUAACAGUUUGUCCUGGAGAGUUGGUCUCUCUAACCUGUAGCCAUGACAACGUUAAUGGCGAACAAAGUCGAUGGGAAAUUAGUGGAGCCAUGUCUUGCAAUGGUUUAGUGAGCCACACUACUGGUUUUGCAGAAUACACGUGUGGUCAAUUCACCAUCACCAUGGUCAGCAACAACACUGGCCCUACAGUGAGCUCAACUAUUCAAAUACCUGUCACUGAGGUACUGAAUGGUACUCUGAUUGAAUGUCUUGCUGGUGGUCUUUUUUCAUCGCCACUAGUUGGCAACACCACACUGAAUGUGAUAGAUAUAAAUGCACUGCCUGUAACUGCCUGGGUGGCAAAUCUGAGAACUAAUAGUUUAUGUCCUGUUCUGGAGUGGGACCCACUGGACGCACCAUACCAGAGAUGUGUUACUGGAUACACUAUCAACCUAAAUGGAACAGUGUACAAUACCACCAACACAUCUCUAUCAUUAGCUGGAGAGAGGCUCCCUUACUAUGAGACAGUGACUGUGACACCACUCACAAUCAAUGGACUCUUAUCAUCUGACACCUCAAAUAUCACUGUGAUCAAUCCAGACUUGUGGACUCCAGCAUUAUCCGCCUCCUUCAUAAUCCAAAAUGAAGCACUGAAGCUCCAAAUAGUAUUCCAGGAAAUUUCAAUUGUUAUUGCACCCAUUCGAAUGUUUGGAUACAUAACGAGUGGAGAGGAUUGUGUUCCUACCACAUUAUUUAAUGGGAGUUCAGUUGUGAUUGAUUUCUCAGACCAAUCUCCUGGAGAUGCUUACACAUUGUGUGUGAUGUUCAGAAACAAGGAAUGCUCUGCAUUCAAUUCCACUACUGUGACUGUUCCAGCUACAAUGAUUACCGUACAAGAAAUUACACCAUCAGACACUAACUACACGGUUCGUUUGUCUCUCCCCUUCACUGGCUACCCUCCCAGUGACCUGCUCAUUGUCUCCACCCUCUCCCCCCCUCACUCGGACCCAAUCACCCUCCUCUUCCCGUACACAACCAACCAAAUCACAGUAACCUUCACCGACAUCACUGCUGGAGUCUUCUACACCUACACCAUUAGAGUUGUUCUGGCCAGCAACCAAUCAAAUGAUGUCGUUUUUCCAGUCACUGGAAAUUUCAUAUUGGCUCUACAUGUAUUAGGAGAAUCUGUGCGGUCCCUCUCUACUGGUGAAGCAGUGGCAGUCAGUGUGGCAGCUACAUUCACUAUCUCCAUAGCGAUUGGACUCCUGUUGGGGAUGUCUGUAAUGUACUGCAUUAUGUAUUUCAGGAAUAAGGGACGCUAUACAGUAAGACAGCGACAGGAGGAAAGCAUUCAACCCACUGUGCCAAGUGGUCCUGUUUAUGAAGAGGUUACUCCUAUCCAAGAUGGAAUUGAGCUGAAACUGAAUGAUGCAUACGGACCGUUAUCAUAGCUUAUUAAACUGAACUGUCUGAAGGCCUCAACUCUUUUAUUGCAGUAUGUUGUGGUGUGCAGUU